AGCGCGGGAUGCGAACGGCGGGACAGCAGGAGGCGGGUGGCUGAGCCAAGCGGGUCGGCAGAGCUGGGCGGUUCCGAGCUCGCCGGCCGGGAGCAGCAGCGCUCUCCGGGCAAGUGGACAAGCCCCGCGCCCCGCUGCGCUGCGCCAUGCCGGAGGGCUGAGCUUUGGGGCCCGCUGCUCUUUGGGACACAGCAGGACCUCGUCCCUUGGCGCCUUGGGACUGCGCGCGCCAGGGCGGAGCCCGGGCCGCUGACCAUGGUGCUGCCUCCUCCAGACCGGCGCCACGUGUGCCUGACCACGCUGGUGAUCAUGGGCAGUAUGGCCGUCAUGGACGCAUACCUGGUGGAGCAGAACCAGGGCCCGCGCAAGAUUGGCGUGUGCAUAAUUGUGUUGGUAGGCGAUGUGUGCUUCCUGCUGGUGCUGCGCUAUGUGGCCGUGUGGGUGGGGGCCGAGGUUCGCACGGCCAAGCGUGGCUACGCUAUGAUCCUCUGGUUCCUCUACAUCUUCGUGCUGGAGAUCAAGCUCUAUUUCAUCUUUCAGAACUACAAGGCUGCGCGGCGCGGAGCGGCCGACCCAGUGGCUCGCAAGGCGUUGACACUGCUACUGUCUGUGUGCGUGCCAGGCCUGUUCCUGUUGCUUGUGGCACUAGACCGCAUGGAAUAUGUGCGCACCUUCCGAAAGCGCGAGGACCUGCGGGGCCGCCUCUUCUGGGUGGCUUUGGAUCUGCUGGAUCUGCUGGACAUGCAGGCCAACCUCUGGGAGCCGCCACGCACUGGGUUGCCACUGUGGGCCGAAGGCCUCACCUUUUUCUAUUGCUAUAUGCUGCUGUUGGUGCUGCCCUGCGUAGCGCUCAGCGAGGUCAGCAUGCAAGGGGAGCACAUCGCACCGCAGAAGAUGAUGCUGUACCCGGUGCUCAGCCUCGCCACUGUCAAUGUGGUGGCUGUGCUGGCUCGUGCCGCCAAUAUGGCACUCUUCCGCGAUAGCCGAGUCUCGGCCAUCUUCGUAGGCAAGAACGUGGUGGCACUGGCCACCAAGGCCUGCACGUUCCUCGAGUACCGUCGCCAGGUUCGCGAUUUUCCACCACCUGCGCUUGCACUUGAGCUGCAACCACCGCCUUCCCAGCGCAACUCGGUGCCGCCUCCUCCACCACUGCAUGGCCCGCCAGUGCGCCCCCACGGGCCCUCACCCACGCGGGAUGCGCUGGACACGUGACAGCCCCCCCCCCCCGCGCGGGCCGCACAGACGCUGGACUAACUGCGCGCGGUUUGCAUGGGAUGGGAUGGGGCAGGCUCCCCUUAGGGACAGGUGUUGUGAAUGCAUACCUGUGCAGUGCCUGCGGUGCCUGGGGCCAUGUCUGCUUCUUCAUCUCAGGAAUCUCUCGGACCACGGACUCUCAGCCUCCACUCCACUAGCUCGCCUCGAUGCAAAGGCAGCUGGUGAGGCCUGGUCUUGAGUGGAGAUGGCUCAACCCCUGCCUGAUGCGGGGCUGCCGGGAUGGGAGGGCGGGCAGUGUUCCAGGAGAUCUGGACCUAUGGUAGGGGCUUCUGGCUCAGAGUUUGGGGCCAAAGAGGCCUCUGUCAUUUUAAAGACUUGUGUUUACAGUUUUGUACCCAAA